CUUCCAGUAUCGUCGAAGUCGAACAUGAGUUUUCUUUUUCUGCAAUAUUUUUCUUCCCUCGACUAAAGUUCAAAGUUCUCGAGAGAAAUCUAAAGAGAAUGUGCAUAUUCUGAUGUGUAAUCGUAUAAAUAUUUCCAUAUACACGGCUGCACUUUUGCACUUUUGGUAUUUGAAUGGGUUUCUUUCAAAUCAGGAAUACACUUCGAUAAUGAUGAUAAAGCUCCUACCGAGCAAUGCUACCUACAACGACUUGACUUUUCUCCGGUAGAUUUCAAUUCAAGUAGGUACGUCGUGAAUGUAUCAGACUAUCAAAAGUUCAUCGCAACUUUAGCAACAGUGCUUAAUUUGAAUUUGAACUUCGAUGUUUCUAUUUUGAUUCGACAGACAAUACCCCGAACCCGACGAAAACGUGAAUCAGCAUACGCCGGUAUUUAUCACGAUAGAGUAGCGCAUAGCCGCAAAUUAUUGAUUCGGGAAAUGCUUCGAAAGUAGAGUCAACUAACCCUGCGCGUACUUUUGAGUCAUGUUUUUGAAAAAAAAAGUAAUGAACUCGUCGUUUAACCGGAAUUACGUCGUAAAAUGAUUUUCGUGUCGGAUUUUUAUUCUACGCUUUAAUGAUCCUACAGUGCUACAAUCUUUAUUCAGAUCAACUGCCGAAGCCGAAUUGAAAUGCUUCGGUAACCAGUGCUCUUCCGGUUUGGCCAUCCAGUUUCUCGCAAAGAAUAUCGUCGCUGUUUUCAACAAUGCCGACGCAGUCGUUUGCCAGAAACGGAAGGAAAGGAUGGUGCGGUUGUUUCAAGGAAGAUGAGCCGCCGGAGAUAACGUAUUGUGUGGUGGAUAACGCGGGCACGUUAACUUUGCAAACCAUGACACCUACGCAGCCAAUGCCGCCCGAAGAAGAGUUGAAUACGGUGUUCGCUGAAUUUCUGGAAGAACUGGACCUUACGGCGCCUAAUAAAGCUGCUAUGAUGGAUUUACCGGCGGAGAAAAAAUGGCAGAUUUAUUGCAGCCGUAAAAAAGAUGUUGAAAAUGCUACAGAUUUGUCUCAGAACCCCGAACAGUAUGUGGAAAAAGUCAAAGCUAUGGUAACAAAUUUGAAACAAAAAGAUCACAACGGUACAAACGACAACGAACUGCUCAGCUACGCCAGAUUAUUGGAUUCAUUGAAGACAGCUUUACGAACGCAGCCGAACAGUUACGUUUUAAGAUUCAUGGAAAUGGACGGCUUGAUUUAUUUAUUAGACGCUCUUUCCGAAAUGGAUUACGACACAGCUCAAAGUUCCGUUCAUACGUCCUUAAUUGGCUGCGUGAAAGCUCUGAUGAAUAAUUCAACCGGCAGAGCUCACGUAUUAGCUCAUCCUACCGCUAUCAACACCAUAGCACAAAGUCUUCAGACUGAGAAUAUCAAAACCAAAGUUGCCGUUUUGGAAAUACUCGGCGCCUCUUGUCUAGUCCCCGGUGGCCAUAAGAAAGUUUUAGAAGCGAUGACUCAUUAUCAGAGUUUCUCCUGCGAACGGACUCGGUUUCAGGGAAUCGUCAACGAUCUAGACCGCAGUACUGGACUGUAUAAAGACGACGUCAGUUUGAAAACGGCCAUCAUGUCGUUUGUGAACGCUGUUCUGAGUUAUGGACCAGGUCAGGAAAAUCUCGAGUUCAGAUUGCAUCUCAGAUACGAAUUCAUCAUGUUGGGAAUUCAACCAGUCAUCAAUAAAUUACGCAAACACGAAAAUCAGACUUUAGAUAGGCAUUUAGAUUUCUUCGACAUGGUCCGAAACGAAGACGAAAAAGAACUAGCUAGAAAAUACAACGUGGAUCAAGUCGAUAUAAACAGUUCGACAGCGAUGUUCGAAUUAUUGCGAAAUAAACUAAGUCAUACACAAGCGUAUCCUCAUCUACUCUCGUUACUUCAUCAUUGCCUUUUACUACCGUUGGAUUACGGUAAUCACUCGCAGCAUUGGUUGUUAUUCGACAGAAUCGUACAGCAGAUUGUUCUACAGACGGAAAAUGGCACCGAUAACGACGUCACACCGAUUAGCAUUAACGUUAAAGAAAUUAUCCACCUACUCGCCAAAGAAGAAGAACUCGCCGAAGCUCGAGCUAAAGCCGAGUUACUGGAGAAAGAGAAUCUGGAUAUAGUUACUAAGUUGGCGAUGAAAGAGCAAGAACUCGAUCACAAGACGCAAGAAAAAGAAGACAUCGAAGCCAGUUUACAGCGUGUCAAAGAACGUCUGGAAAAAGAAACCGCCGCUCAUUUGGAAGCUCGUCAAAAGAUCUCAGAACUGGAAGACCGAACUAGCGAACUGGAACAUCGAGCUACAUACGAACAAGACGAAAGGAAACGUCUCGAAACCUUACUCAAUUCUGGUAGUUUACCCGAUGAUGCCAAGGUUGUUGGCUUGAGAAGCACAGAUUCUGGAUUAGAGAAGACCCAAUGUAACGGCGUAGCGCCGCCUCCGCCUCCUAUCUCGGCGCCUAAACAACCUCCUCCUCCACCUCCUCCGGCGCCAGGUAUACCAGCACCUCCUUGCGCUCCGAUGCCUCCUCCAUCGUUACCACAAGUCCGGACGGAAAUCAAGAACGUGCCGAAACCGUCGAAUCCGCUGAAAUCAUUCAACUGGUCCAAGUUACCCGAUGCGAAAGUCAACGGCACCGUUUGGACUGAGCUCGACGAUACCAAAUUGUACAAAGUCAUGGAGCUGGAGAAUAUCGAUAAGUUAUUCUGCGCGUACCAAAAAGCCGGAGCUAAUAACGAAGGCUCCGUAGAGGAUCUCAGACUAGUUGGUAAAAAUAGAACUAAAAUAUUAUCUGUGAUAGACGGCAGACGUGCUCAAAAUUGCACAAUUUUGUUAUCCAAAUUGAAAAUGUCCGACGAAGAAAUUUCCAAAGUCAUCCUGAGUAUGGACUGCAGAGAUCAGUUACCUUUAGACAUGGUCGAACAACUCCUCAAAUUUACCCCUACCCCUGAGGAAUCUGCUCUAUUAGAAGAACACAGCGAAGAAAUCGAUAGCUUAGCCAGAGCAGACAGAUUCUUAUACGAAAUUUCCAAGAUCCCUCAUUACGAACAGAGACUACGAAGUUUACAUUACAAGAAAAGAUUCAACGCCUGGGUAUCUGAAAUCGAACCUAGAGUCAAAGCUGUCAUGGAAGCGUCCAGGGAGGUGGCCAGGUCGCGUAAAUUGAAAAAAUUACUAGAAAUUGUAUUGGCCUUGGGUAACUAUAUGAAUCGAGGCGCCAGAGGAAAUGCUCUCGGCUUCAGGUUGGCAUCAUUGAAUAAAUUAGCAGAUACGAAAUCCAGUUCGUUUAAAGGCACCACGUUGCUGCAUUAUCUCGUCGAAGUUGCCGAUAAGAAGUUCAAAGACGUUCUUAAUCUUGAAGAAGAUAUCAGACAUGUGAGAAAUGCAUCCAAAGUCAGUAUCGCUGAACUUGAAAAAGACAUGCUACAGUUACGUAACAAUCUCAAAGAAGUAGAACGUGAAAUAGAGUUCCACAGAGUACAACCUUUGAUUCACGGUGACAGAUUUUUACCAGUCAUGAAAGAGUUUUUGACCACUGCCACGUGUCGAUUCUCAGAACUCGAAGAUUUGUUCCAAGAUAUGAAAACCAGGUUUGAUCGAGCUGUUCGUUUAUUCGGCGAAGAUAACUCGACCAUUCAACCAGACGACUUCUUCGGUAUUUUCGAUCUUUUCUUGACAUCUUUCAAUGAAGCCAAACACGAUUUGGAAAAUAUCAGGAAACGUAGAGAUGAAGAAGAGAAGCGAGCUAAACAAGAAGUUGAGAUGAAGAAACGCACCGUAGACCGUAAACACAGCAAAGACCUGAACGGCACUUUACUCCAUUCCGGGCAAAACCUACGCAACGGUGUCUCCAACGGUAAACUAGCAGCCGACAAGGGCGAAUUCGACGACCUAAUUUCAGCUCUUCGAACGGGCGAUGUUUUCGGCGAAGACAGCAUGGCCAAGAUCAAACGUAGCCGCAAAUCACGUCACUCUCCACCAAAAAUAAAUCGAGACGAUAGUCGCGAAAGGAUACUAAACAAUCGACCGUAAAUUUACAAACUUACCUAUACCUAUCCUUAAAAAAAAAGCUUUUAUUAUUUUGUUAUUUUUUUUUCUGUUUUUCUGUUUCCCCUCCCUAUCUUUCCUAUUAUAUCCCUGUUAUGUAUUAAUAUCCCUUUCUUCUUCCCCCCUUUCUUUUAAUUCUGAUUUUGUGUAAAUGUGUGUGUAUUUUGUUGUACGUGUGCUUGAUGCGUUUGUGUAGACUUUUGGCUCUCUCUCUCAGGUGUUUGUUGCGGUGCAGAAGCUGCAAAACGCAGCUUAUUGGUAUUGCUGAAAAGACGAAUGUUUAUUCAAACACGAAUCGCGUUUUUGUGAUAAAAAUGUAUAUAUUUUCAUGUUUAAAGUAUUACUUACGAUACUAUGUAUAUUAUUACGAUUAUGUAUUAUUAAUUUGUAAAUUACGAAUACAAAAGCAUUUAAAGCAUUUAAUGAAAAAAAGAUGAACUGAGUCUUAUGUAGUGUACUUCCUCGAGGAAGCGUGUAAAAUCAAAACAAAAAGACGAAAUCGAAUUUUAGAUAAAUUGGUUAUUUUUUCUUUAGCCAAGUCGCUAUUAAAAUUGUUGAAUUUUUUAAUUUUAUAUUCGUUUAGAGUAUUUUUUUACCUUUAUAUUAUUUUUACUCGUGUAUUUUUUCCACCUGAGGUAAUUGUAUUUUGGCCGGUUUUUUUUUCUUACAAGAGUAGUAAGAUAAUCGCUCAGUGCUUGGCCGUGUGUUUGAUUUUAAUGCUUACGAAGCUCUUAGCUCUUUAUAGUGUAUGCCUUCAGUGACCGUGGAAGUAAUGAAAGAUGUAUUACAUAUCACAAUAAGUUGACCAGAGCUUAGAGUUAGAAUGAAAGCUUUAGAUUAUUUCAUUUAUUUCACGCGUAUUAGAGCUAUACAUAUUUACAAAUUUGAUGAUAAAAAAAACGCCAAGUUAACGAUUUAAUAAUGAUUGUACUACUUUAUAAUAAUAAUGGAACUGAUUUGUAACUUUCAUAAUUUUUGUAUGAUUUUUUCGAGUAUUUAAAUGAUUAAGCAUAUUAUUAUUGCGUUGAGAUUGAAGUUUUUUUUUUUUCAUUGUAGAUUUUAGAGUUGUUUUAUGUUUUGAUUUUUAUUUAUUUUUUCUAAGUAAUCGUGUAGUUACAAAUUACCAAUAAUUUUCGAGAGAAAAUUCAAAUAAAAGUUUACUCAUUA